GAGUGGUGGGUUGAGUAAGCUCAGUCGCAAUUAGUUAUCUAUAUUUACAAUUUAUUUAUAUUCUUGGUCUUUUACGUUUAUUUUGCAACAUUGAGGCGGUACAUGUAUCCUGAAAAUUUUGAUCUGUAAAAUUUCAAUCGACCAUAUCACCUGGUUGAUAGUGAAGUGCUUCUGUGAUUUUAUUAAUGUAGAACAUUAUCAGUGUGGUGCAACAUUGUGCAUGAGUGAGGCACCCGCACACUUGCAACUGAAAUGUGAGCAGUUGGGGCGUGAACAGCGUAAUCAAGAAGCAGCGCGCGGGCAUGGCGUGGCGCGCGCUCGUGGCCUGCGCCCUCGGGCUGCUGGCGCCGGUCCACGGCACAGUCGUCGUCUACACCCAGGACAUACCACACACUAUAGUGGACGAAUUCAGCGACCAGCCGGCGGCGUUCGGCGCGAAGCUGCCGGACGACGGGCUGCGGGGGCUGCUGGUGCGCGCCGAGCCGGCCGACGGCUGCGCGCCGCUGGCGCGCCCGCCGCCCGCAGACAACUUCACCGACAAGUGGAUCGUGCUUAUAGCCAGGUAUAACUGUACCUUCGAUGUGAAAAUCCGCAACGCGCAAGCGGCGGGAUACGACUGCGCCAUCGUGCACAACGUCAACUCCAGUGAACUCGAUACUAUGACCACGAAGCACCCGGCGGGCAUCGAAAUCCCCUCCGUGUUCGUGAGCGACAUCGCGGGCCUGGCACUCGGCGAGUCCUACCUCUACAAUUACGGCUACUACAUAAUGGUGAACGGCGCACCCUUCGACAUCAACACACAGCUGCUGCUUCCGUUCGCCAUCGUCGUCGCCAUCUGCCUCUUCAUCAUGAUCGGGUUAAUGAUAGCGAAGUGCGUGCGCGACCGUCAGCACGCGCGGCGGCGGCGGCUGCCGGCGCGCGCGCUGCGCAAGAUCCCCACGUGCAAGUUCAGCAAGGGCGACCCCUACGACACCUGCGCCAUCUGCCUCGACGACUACGUCGAGGGCGAGCGCCUGCGCGUGCUGCCCUGCGCACACGCGUACCACGCGAAGUGCAUCGACCCGUGGCUGACGCAGAGCCGGCGCGUGUGCCCCGUGUGCAAGCGGCGCGUGUUCGCGGCGGGCGAGCGCCGCGCGCCGCUCUCCGACUCGGACAGCGACGACUCCCGAGAGCCGCUCCUCACCAACACCACCGAGCCCACUCAGGGUGGCACGUUCGAAUCGCAGCGCGAGAACCCGUUCGUGCGCGCCGCGCGCUUUGUGACGCGCUCGCGCCGCUCGCAACCACAGACCGAGGGACAGCCUGACGAAGAAAACAAUACCGUGAGGACUGACGUUGAAAAUGGUCAAAACGAAGACACGGAGCCUCUGAUUCAGCCAUCGGCACCUGCGGACGGGCAAAGCACCUGGUACCUGUCCCGGUCGCGCCGCACUCGCCGAGCUCGUGCCGCCGCCGCCGCCGCCGCCGAGCCGCCCGCCGAGCCGGCCGCCGCGCCCGCGCCGCCCGCGCCGGCGCCGGCGCCGACGCCGCUGCUGCACGCCGGCGAACACUCCAUCAACACCGACACACAGUGCCGCGGUGAAAUCGGGGUCGCGGCCCUGCCCGCUCCACAAAACCCGCCCUCACAUGUUCAUUUAUGAAUGGCUUAAUUUGCCUCUUACGUGCAAUAAGAUAAAUCCUUAUUUUAAUAUAUGAACGUCGAAAACUCAUCGAGAUUAAAUCAAGUAGCAACUGUAUGUAGUAUUUCGCUUGGUUAAAUUGACUAUGAAAAUACUUUAGACUUUAAAUGUCGUUCAAGGCAGCAGGAUAGUUCAUGGCUCCCAGGUUUAUUAGUGUUAUCGUGUAUAUAUUUAAAUAGGUAUUUAGUUUGGUUUCCUAUAUCUCUAGAGACAAUUCCCGAUUUCACCUCGUAUUUAAAUUUUAGGCUUAUCUACUUGUGUUAGUAUCAAUUAUUAUUGACCUACUAUAUCUUUUAUUUUUUGUCAUAAUUACACAUAUAUUUCUGAAACUAUAUUCCGUUCCAUUACAUCAAUUAUUUCUUACGAUUUGAAUAGCAGAUAGUUAGGAUAUCUUAGGAUUAAUUUAAAUCCGUUGUGUGACGCAAUUUAAAUUCUCAGAAUUGAAUGUGCUCAAUGAAAUAACCGUCCGCAAGUGGUGGCGUCUACGCGGCCUCAGCCGUCUGAUACAGGUCGAUACAAUAAAAAUACUAUAGUCCGAGUCGAAAACAUAGACGUGGCUCAACGCGGGCUCCCACCACGAGGCCAAACCAUCCUCAUUUUCUGGUAAACUCUAUUUUGGAAAAUAAAAUAUUUCACCCACUUGACACAUUUUAAUUGUGAUGUUAAAUAAUGUAAAAUGAGGAUUCCUUUAACGGCUAGGCGGACCCCAGGAACCGACGAGUGUCCUGUAAAGUAAACCCGAAGUAAUUGUUUCAGCAAUUAUAGAAGGAAAAUUUGCAGUCUCUAAAAGAGCCGCAGCGUCAUGUAAAUAAAUAAUGAACAAAUAGUAUAACCUUCUAACAAUUAUUUACAUUAAUCAAGAAUGGCAAAUAGGUUGUGUGAUUUUUGCUUGUUUCGGGGGCGUACGGAUAUUAAACCGAGGGUGCAAACUUCUAUUCAAGUAUAUAUGUAUGUAUACAAAACAAUGACAAAUUGUAUAUGUAUAAGUAAAUAAAAUGUAUAUGCUGAAAGAUGUUGCAGACUAUCUUCUGUUUUGAAUUCAUUUAAUUCAAAGACCUAUAAUAUUGUACCAGCGUAGGUAUGUUUUUCAAUCGAAAGCCAACACGUCACGAUUUGCGGUAUUCGUGGUUAUGCCAUUUGUCCAUUACUAGUAGUAUAUGUACGUUCAAAUAUAGAAAAUCGAUACCUACAAUCGGCUUUAGCAUACAAAAAAACUUGGGCUUUUAAAAAUAAUUGGUACUAAACCGGAUCAAUUAUGGGUUAGUACCAAAUGUAUGUUCUCAGAUAUAGAAGAUGGUUAAAAAUAUUGACGUAGUAAAUGCCCACAAUUUUGAUACAGUCAACUGUAAAAACAUGGGCACACAAACCAUCUCAAAAAUAUGUCCCAUAGCUCUUAUGUCAGCGAAUUAAGAACUCGUGGGACAUAUUUUUGAAUAAGUUGGCGACACCCAUAUUUUUACAGUUGACUGUACAAACCAAGAGGAACAAGGGCGGUUUUGACAGUUAUUUAAAGUCGCAACCAGAUAUUUAAUAGGCUCCAUCUAUUAACAAGUCACACAAUACCUUCAACUUGUCACUGAGGGUGGUAUUCCACCUGUCCAAUUUCUUUGUCCAAUGUGCAUUCGUCUCACUAUAUGUAGGUAAAAUCAAGAUAUUGGAUAGAUGGAAUACCAUCUGGAGGAAUAGUAUUAAGAUGCCAUGAGUAAGCCCAUUCAUAAUAAAAAAAAGACAUUUACUAUUUACUUAUCUACUGUUGACAUUGUUUACGUUAUUUAUGAAGUAUAUACAGACAAGUGUAACAACUACGAGAACUAAACAGGAUUGAAAAUAUGAAACCGCACCGACGAUGUUUUAUUAACAAAUUUAUUUGCAACACGAUGUUUCCUAUUUAUUGAGCAGAAUACGUAUUAAAUUAAUUAUAUUCUAUUAAACAAGUGGACAGCCUCUUAAAUAACGGUAUGCGACUUUGCUGUAGGUACAAGCCUCAUAAUAUCUCACCCACAAAUGGCAAAGCCUCUCUUCUUUACAGAAUGAGAAAUAACACGAUUCACUGUGCAACUACUGUAAAGUGGAAAGUUGCCAAACUUUGUAUUACCUACUCGUAGUUCUAAACCACUGACUAAUUGUAAAUCGUACUUGUAUAUAAUGUUAAUUAAUAAUAUAAAACUUGGUAGUUCAGCUUAUCAUCAAGUCAAAAGGUUAUAAAGUUUUAAAUUACACGAUGGUUCUACUAACACCUUGGCCACAAAACACCCGGAGAGUCUGUUCCGUGGACCUCAGAUAAGUUUCCGAUAUUUGACCGUAGAAUAAAUUCGUACCUAUAAUCAUGAUUAUAGGUACGAAUUUAUUGCACUUAAAUGUAAAUGCCUAGAGUUAGAGCAAGAUAAGUCUGCAACGAUUUUGAUAGCACGCAGUGCAAGUGUUAUUUUAAACGUCAAACUUCUAUGAAAUUAUGACACUUGCACUGCGUGUGCUAUAAAAAUCGUUGCAGAUUUAUUUUGGGGUAACUCUAGUAGUGGAUUAAACGGAAUACUAGUCUAUUUUUUUAUCCGGUAGACUAAAAUGACAUGUUAUAGUAUGAAAUGUUAUUUUAUGUUCAUACUAUGAAAUGUCAUUUUAGUCUACCGAAUAAAAAAAUAGACUUUAGAAAUCGAGCGGUCGAAAUUCAGUAAUCGGCCCCCUGAACUAAAUGUGUAUAGAACUGUUCUAUAUAGAUACAUAAGAUCACGUGAAGUGACGCACGUCAAUACCGAACAUAGGCAUGUGUUCCGUGCGUAUACUUUAUACUUAUAGGGCCCUGAGAGAGUAGAACGAUAAUCCAAACUAUUUUAUCUGCCCCUCGCUCGUCAGGGCCUCACCCGUCACAGACGUAGCUUUAAUGUAUAUUAAUAUAUAUACCAACAUAUAUAUUUAUCAGUGGCGUGCAGUGCAUACAAAAAAAGGUAGGCACUAGGGUAGGCAGUCCAUACAAAAUGACCAAAAAAAAGUUGCCGAUUUUUAUAGUUUGCGUUACAUUCCUUCAAGAAUGACUCUUCUAGAGCCCGAUUUAAGUCUUAUCUCCACUGCACGCCACUGAUAUUUAUAGCAGGCAUUUAAGAAGUGUGGAAAAAAUGUAUGGGCCUUGCCGAGAGAUCUCCGAAAUAUAUAAGAAUUGCUUUUUUUAUCUGUCAUAAUUUCGUUAAAAGCUUGACUUUUACUUAAUCGUUAGAGACUUAUCUUGGCCUAAGGGCCUACCUCUAUGGCCCCAUUCGCACGGCAGCUUUUUCAACGCGCCUUAAAAAAGCGUUUAAAUGAGACAAAUGGAUAGCCAUGUAUGUAACCACACGACAGCGGUGACGCUUUUUAUCAAGCGUUGUUGGAUUUUCGACUUUAAGCCUUGGUCAUUAAAUCGAAUUUAGAAUGAGAAAAGCUGUCGUGCGAAUGGGGGCUAUAAGAUUAUAGCUACGUCUGUGACGGGUUUUAUAGCCAAGGACGAGGCGCGGGGAGCUCUGGGCCAAGUUGUCCCUACCUCCGAGUUCACUAUACAGCCUGUAGAACAGGUGAAGCCCAAUAUACCUACACACAUCAUUAAUUACUAACGUUAAUUGUAUAAAGUAUAAUAACUAACCUACCCCUUAAUUAUUGUGUAUGGUACCUAAAUAGCUGUUAAAUAAAGGAGACAGUGUUUUGUGUGAGCGAAUAUUGAUGUAAAAUAAACACACAUGUUAAGCAAAUAUAUAAAAUAGAAUUCGGUAAUCUAACGGGAAUAAAGAUAAAUAAUAAUAAUUAGUAGUGAUUUUAUAUUUUUUGGGAGAUUUCAAUUCCGUUAUAUUCUGAACACUUAAUGCAUUGCUGCAUUUCUGCUUAUGAAAGCACCCUUGCCCACUUUGCCCAGGCAUCCGCAGCGAAUCUAUUUAAAACGUACCUAGUCGUUGUCGUCUAAUUAUUGUAAGAGCGAUCCAUUUUCAUUGCUCUUGAGUUUAAGACUCUAGAGAAGAAUCAUUAUCAACAUUUAAUAAGUAUUUCUUUUGUGUAAGAAGCGUAUCUAUACGGAUUAAACAAUUUGUUAAAUCCGUAUAUCACAUGAUCGAUCAGUUUGGAUAUUUCCGCCGUCAGGUUGAUAAUAUUCCUGAAUGAUUAGGGUCUUGUCGGAUAAUAAAUGUGAAUCCAAUUUGCAAGAUUCAUUUUAAUAUAUCCCCCUCACAAGGGGGAGGCCUAUGUUCUGCAGUGGACGUCUUAUGGCUGAGAUGAUUUUAAUAUAUCCUAAUCCUAAUACAUUUCUGGAUGAUGUUAUUACUACUGUAAUCAAAACAUUAUAUCGAUUAAGAUUUGGAUUGAUUCAUAAUUCCUGGAACACAUUCAUUAUUCUUGGCCUAUUUUCCAUAUAAAAACGUUUGUCUCCUUUGUAUCAGUUUUCUUAUCUCACGUGAUAUGAAAUACUUUUCUUUAAUGUAUUUUUUUUUGUUUAGUCAGUGAUGUCCUUUAUUUUAAUGAGUCCCUUCCAUAUUUAAUAUUACGUUUGGGCUUGGGAUGAUAAGCUUAAAUUCUUUUAGGGUAUAACCAAAGAAAUAAAGUGGUUUGACACGA